AUGAAGAUGAAGGUUCGUUUGAAAUUUGUCACAACAAGCGUCAGUGUGCCCUUCCAUCCACAACCUUCCCCGUCCAUUGGCUUGGACAUCUUCCAACCAUCCCAAGGUCAUGAGGGACCUCUGAGCUUCUGUCCCUUGGACGACAACGAAGUCCCUAGAGCUGGUGAUCUGGUGGCCUUGGAUGCGGAAUUCGUCACUCUGACGCCAGAGGAGAAGUCUUCUGGAAGGAAUGGGCGACUGAUCACGGUCAAGGCUGCCGUGAGACUCGUGGGUAGAGUUACUUGCGUCCGGGGCUGGGGUCCGCGUCGUGGAGUGCCAUUCAUUGACGACCACAUUUCCUGUGAGGAGGAAAUAUCGGACUACGUGAGCAAGUACUCGGGGAUAUUUCCCGGGGAUCUGGACCCCACCCAGAGCUCCCACCACGUCUUUGAAGAGGACCUACAAGAAGGUGCGCCAUCUGGUGGACGUUGGCUGCAUCUUUGUGGGACAUGGGCUCAAAAACGAUUUCGACAUGCUCGGGAUCGUUGUGCCCUCGGAUCAAGUGGUGGACACGGUGCACCUGUUCCAUCUGCCCCAUUGGAGGUUGUUGUCCCUCAAGUUCCUGGCGUGGUACUUUUUGGACAAGCACAUCCAAAAAGAGUGCCACAAUUCCAACGAAGAUGCGGGUGCUGCGUUGGAAUUGUACCAGAUCUAUUUGGAUCUGGAGGCCCAAGGAACGGUGAAGGCCACUCUAGCCAAAGUCUUAGAUCAGGCUAGGUUG